GGUCAAGACAGGACUGGACGCCCAGCUGGUUGACUCUGGAAGUCCACGCUCUGCUCCGUCCUACAGAGGGACACGAACAGGACCUGCUCGAAACUCAGCCUGCUGGGACGAGCCUCCCCUCCCCCGCCGGCUUCUGCCAUGGGAGUGUGCGGACAGCCCCAUUGGAGAUGAGACACGAUACCGCUGGCUUUCUCUGGCAGUCACACGUCCCCAGCCAGGACCUGCUAGCUCGGCGGUUGCCUCUCCGUUUCUGAUGUUCGUCUUCCCCAUGGAUCCACAGCCGUAACCAUGGUGACGCGGGUGGAGGUCGGCUCCGUAAAUUCUCUGACAGGAGUGCCAGGCCUGGGCGAGCUCUCCAAGGAGGAGGCUCUGACUCGGACCUACUUCCGCCAGGCUGGCAAGGCCCCCGGGGCGCCCUCAGCGCGGCUCUUGGAAGGAAAAAGCCCCCUCAGGAGCCCGGUCCGCUUGCUCCCUCUGCCGAGACUCGCCCCCAAGCCCUUCUCCAAGGAGAAGGCCGCGGACGUGACCUCCUCGUGGCCCAGCCUGAGCAGGCCGUCUCCCACCGGGGGGCUCUCCCGGGACGUGGCGGCAGAGGGGCUGGGCGAGAAGAUGCCCGGCUUGGUGGGGCGGGAGGCGGGGAGCGGGGACGGCCCGAGCAGCUCGUCUCUGGUCUCCAAAGCCGCGCUUCUGCGGCCUAGCCCCAGCACCGUGAUCCUCUUUGAAACCACCAAAGCCGGGCCUACCCUGGGGAAGGGGGUCGGCCGGGGGGCUCCGGAGGCCGACGCAGGCGUGUCUCAGGGGCCCCCUGCUGCCUCCCGGCCUGAGGUGGCCACCAAGCCCGCCUUGCCGGCCCGAAAGCCUGCGGGGACUCUUCCCCGACCGGCCUCCCUGUCUCAGGACACCAGGCCGGCGGCCACCCAAGAGGAGACAGGCCUAAAGGAGCCUCUGUCAAAGGCCAGCAGCGUGGAGGACGCGGGUAGCCCCGCUCUGGAGCCCAGGCCUCGCCUGAAGAGAAGGCCCGUGUCGGCCAUUUUCAUCGAGUCCAUUCAGCCUCAGAAGCCAGCAGGCCCUGGCGGGGCAGCCAUGGCGGGGAAGGCGCCCCCCACCCCUCCUGAGAAGACGUGGGUGAGGAGGCCUAGGCCUCUGUCCAUGGACCUCACGGCCAGGUUCGAGAGUAGAGAGGCCUUGGCGAGGAAGGUGGCGGAUGAGGCCAUAGCAGGAUCCACGGCCCAGUGGCGGGGGCCCGAGAGGCCUGACCUGGACCCCAAAGUGGAUGGGGAGUGUCUGGUCAAAGCAGAGGCUCCCCUUCACGACCCGGAUUCCGACUUCCUGCAGGUGGCCAGGAAGAUCCAGGAACGGAAGGAGAAGCUGCUCUGCAAGCAGGCGGAGAUGGGCAACCUCAGAACCAUGGGGGGCUCGGCCAGGGUCACCCCCACCAAUGACCAGAAUCUUGGGGAAGAGAAAGCCAAGCUGGAUGGGGAGCCGGAGAAGGCACCCAGGGCCCCCCAGUCCCCUUCGCCCAGGCCUGGAAAAGGCCAAGAAGUCGCUGAGGUCAAGAGCAGAGCGGCUGAUGGGGAAACCCAGGCAGGGGGAGAGCGGACCCCGAGGGGCGGCGUGAGGAAGCACGUCAGCCUCUUUGGCGAGGAGAGUGCCUCGGCCUUGUCAUUGGGGUCUUCACUCCCAUCAGCCCCCCCUGAGUCCCCACCGGCUGCACCGGAGCAGGGGAAAGCCGGUGUGAGCGUCCAGGAGCGGAUCAAAGGCUGGGCCACCGAGAGCUCGGAAGCAAAGCCAGAGACCAGGAAGAAGAUGGUCCAGGCACGGCCGCUGUCAGCGGAUUUGACCAAACUGUUUUCAAGUGCAGCUUCAAGCAACGAAGUCACAUGUGAGAAGUGUUCUGAGCUGAGCAGUGAGCCUCCUAAAGAACCAAGAGAAAAGCAAAAGGAAGGGCAUGGUGUGGAUGGAGCAUCUGUCCCAAGAAGCCCCUGGAAGCCUGCGACGACCCGGGAGAAAUCCAGGCAGACAGAGUGGAAAGACAGUUCUGACCAAGUCCCUGGCAGCGGUUGGAGCGAAAGUGUGGUGGGGCCUCUGAGCCCUUCUGCCAGCACCCCGGAUGAUGACGGAAGCUUCCAGACCGUGUGGGCCACAGUGUUCGAACAUCACGUGGAGAAGCACACCGUGGCUGACCCGUCAGGACACUGUCCCACAGCCAUGACCCCCAGGGACACGGCCGAUGUCUUGGAGCUCAGAUCCAUGUUCCUUGGGUCGAGAAGCUCUUUCCCGCAAACCACAUACCUGAAGAAAGAGUGGUUGGAAAAUCCCGACCCAAAGAAAUCUGGGCGGACUGCCUUCUCCAACGGUGAGCCCAAACAGCAUCAUACGUCUUCGCUCCUGGGAAGAUACCCUGUGGGCGAAAAGUGCAGUAAUAACCCCUGCCUCAAGCUCUUGGAAAGCCCUCCCGCAUCCGAGAGGGUCGAGCCCAGGUACGACAUCAUGCACGCGGUCGGGGAGCGUGCGCACAGCGAGGCCAUCCCCACGGCGCCCGAGGAGAAGGCUGUGACGCUCCGGAGCAGCCAGUCUCGGCUCUCGCUGUCCCAGGAGGUCACCCCUGCCGUGACCCCUGCUGACCCCGAGCGCAGGCUGGAAGGCCAGGUGGGGUCCGUCCAAAGGGCCAGUUUGAUCUGGGAAGCUCGAGGGACGCGUGAGGUCAGUGGGCCAAAGACUGAUUUCCACCGAGAGCUAAAGGACACGUCUGGAGGCAAUUGCCUGUCACCCAGAUGGACUGGUGGGGUGGCCAUGAGCUGGCAGAAAGCCGCCGUGGGGGUCAGUGAAGAGAGAGGCACGGAACCAAGCCCCGAGGCCACCUCUGCGAGGACCAUCCAGGCUGCCAUCCAGGAGACCCAGCACCAGGGGAUCGAAGGGGCCGGAAUAAAGCCAGGGGAAAGGGGUCCCCCCCAGGGGGGCCCUCUGGAGCCUCCUUCCAGGGCUAAGGGCGAGGCCUCUGACUUCCGAGCCCGGCCACAGGCAGACGUGCCGCUGCAGAAGGGGCCCCUCGCCGUGGCUGGCGGCCAGGGUGGAGCGAGGCCGGCCCAGGUGCCGGAGCCCGAAGCCAGGAUGCGGAAGGUGAGCCCCAGCGACCAGAGGAUGGAGAGGUGGAGGCGGCGGACGUUACCCCACGACGCAAAGUUCGAUGAAUUCAGCUUGCUGGCCCCAGAGCACUCUUCCAAGGCAGAGCAGAGACGGACGGGUUAUUUGACCCGCACCGCAGGUGCCUUAGGAAAACCCCAACUAGCCCACGGUUGGGAGGAGCCCCAGCAGGGGAACGCGGGCGUAUCACAGGUUCUUUCAGCGGCAAAGCAAGGGUCAUCUGUGGAACCCAAGGCAACCUUUUUUGCAGUGACGUAUCAGAUUCCCGACACUCAAAAAGCAAAGAGCAUUGUUAAGCCUGGGCCCGAAAACUUGAUGGAACAUUCUAGAAAAAUAGCCCCACCUCCAUCGCCUCAUCUUUUAACAUCUACGUUGGUUUCUCUGAACCGUGAAGAGCUGCUGGAGACCAUGGGCAGUAAAAACCAGGCUCCAGGCAGAGAGCAUGACAGCGCAAACUUUCCAAAGACUCCGAGGCCGGCGUCUCUUGGGGACAGGAUUCUGGGUCCUCCCAGCGAGAGAAUCUCCGAUGCCGACGCUUUAUGGGUUCGUCGGGGACCGGAAGACAGCAUUGGUUUUCACAGCGACUGGAGGGACGGUGGGAACAAGACGUCCCCGCCUGGUGCUCCCAAAACACCUCCGGCUCUCAAAAGUCACCUGAAAGCCACCCAUCUCCUGGUCAGAAGGAAGACGGAGGUGGUCAGCGAGAUGUUCCCAGGUAAAAUCAAGGACGGCUACAGGUCCAGCAUCCUCGACAUUGACGCCCUGAUGGCCGAGUACCAGAGACAGCCGGCCGCAGGCCCCAGGGAGGCUCAGGAGCUGAUGGGGGGUCCGCCCGCAGAGCCCAGGGCCUCAAACCCUGAGAGGCCCGGCCAGCAAGGCGAGGUGGAUCGGAGACGGAGGAGCCUGAAGGAGGGCCCUGAAAUUGAGGGUCCCCGGAAACAAGCCAGUUUUGCCGAAGCAAACCCCAGUUCUACCCCCGGCUCGGGCAAGCAACUGGCAGAGACCCCGGGGGCAGCCACGAACACCAAGGUCAGCCCUCCUCUGUGGGCUCUGCCGCACUCAGCUCCUCCUGAGAAAUAUCCAGGGGCCUCUUCUGGCCCUGCAGGUCCCAGGAAAAAAGGCUCGGGGGUCACUGAGGAUGAAAAAUUGGCCUUUAAUAGUAAACAUCACAGUGCAAAGUGCCAGCAUCCCCUGGCUGAGUCAAAGCCCACCACCUCCUGGGAGGAUCUGGGCAGUGGGGCCACCAUGCCACCCAGGUUGUCCCCCACUGACCAGAAGAAAGGGCCCCCAAGGAAAUCCCUCGGGAGGGGAGAGGAGGACAAUGUGACCCAAUGGGGCAACCACCCAUGGGACUGUGGAAGGUCACUGCUGGAUGUCAAGAGGGCCCAUUCGGAGAAAGGCCCCCCUCUCAAAAUCCGAGAGGGCCUGUCCAUCAUGCAGGAAGCCAGAGAGAGGAGGCAAGAGCAGCCCAAAGGGAGGCCCAGCCUCCCCAGGGAGAGUUCAGAGGCCAAAGACAUCAAGACAGGGCUCUGUCGGCAGGAGUCGGGGAAUCGAGACAGUCAAAAGGAGCCACCGGGGAGGGAGGAUGCCCUUCAGGACAAUGAGCCGCUGCUCCGGCAGGUGACGCCUGUGGCCGCGGGCCCCCGGAGAAGCCACAGCUUCUGCAAGGACAAGAGGAGCGGGCCCUUCGUGGAUCAGCUGAAGCAGUGUUUCUCCAGGCGGACCCCCGAGGCCAAGGACACUGACACCCUCGUGCAGGAAGCCGACAGCCAGUAUGGGACGUGGCUGGACCAGCACCGGAGCGGGGAGAGCUUGGCCCCCGAGUCCCCAUCCCCGGACAGCAGUGCCACGUCGGCUCAGAAGCAGCCCCCCAGCAGCCGCGUGUCCUCCGUGUCCUCCCAAACGGAGGCCACCUCUGCUGGGGACCAGCACGACUGCUCCAAGGACCAGCAGAGCACCAGCGUGGACCGAUCCAGCACGGACCUGGAAUCCACUGACGGGAUGGAGGGGCCGCCCGCACCGGACGCCUGCCCCGCAAAGAGGGUGGACGACUUCUCCUUUAUCCAUCAAACCUCAGUCCUCGACUCAAGUGCCCUAAAGACCCGGGUGCAGCUCAGCAAGAGAAGCCGCCGCCGGGCUCCCAUCUCCCACUCCCUCCGGCGCAGCCGAGUCAGCGAGUCGGAGAGCAGGUCUCCUUUGGAGGAGGAGGCCAACAGCACGUGGAUGUUCAAGGACUCCACAGAGGAGAAAUCCCCCAGGAAGGAAGAGUCAGAUGAGGAGGAGAAGACACCCAGAGCUGAGAGGACGCCCAUCAGCCGACCCCAGAGGAUGCCCGUGUUUCCAGGCAUGGACCCGGCAGCGCUGAAGGCUCAGCUGCACAAGAGGCCAGAGAUGGACAGUCCCAGCGAUACCCCCAGCUGGGCCCCCCAGCCCAAGACCCCCAAGUCCCCCUUCCAGCCUGCGGUGCUGGGCAGUCGCGUGCUGCCCUCCAGCGUGGAGAAGGACGAGAGAUCGGAAGAGCCCUCUCCCCAGUGGCUAAAGGAGCUGAAAUCCAAGAAGAGGCAAAGUUUGUAUGAAAAUCAAGCUUGAGCAGACAGGGGGCACUGCCACGUCUAAUGAACAAGCCUUAACUGUCAGUACCCGAAGACGAGGUCCCGCUGCUGCCGUUGCUUCCUGCACACACCUGGGCCCUUCCGGUCGGUCGGUCUGUCGGGUGGAGAAGGCUGCGCAAGGCCCCCCCCCUCACCGCAGGCUCUCCCGGACAGAUCGGGGCACGUGCUCCGUCUCCCCAGACAGCACUUCAGGCUGGGAAAGAAGCCAGGUGGCCCAGAAAUGUCCAUGCUGGUGGUUUUGUUUUGUUUUGUUUAAUGUAAAAAUGUGCAUUUCUACCCAUUUUAAACCCCUGCAGCAGCUCCAGGAACAUGGAUGUAAGGCUGGACCAUCUCCCCUGGGUUCUGAGUCGUGAAAGCGCCUCUUCCCCCCGACCCCCACCCAGGGCUGGUCUUUUUUUGAAAGGACAUUUCCAAGGAAGAUGAAACCAUACAUUUCCUGCUGUAACUGUGGUCCCAGCAGUACCACCGGGUUGGGGGCUUUGAUUGCUCCUUUGGCGAAUUCCUUCUCCCUCUCGAAGAAUCAGCGGUUCUGAUCUUUAAACACACCCACCCUCAUUCUUUCAAGUGUAUUUAUCCUCCCAGUGGGGCUGUGUGCAGAGCUUGCCUGUUCCAUUGUACAUCACGUUUUGUUUGCUUUAGAAGGCGAUAAAGCAAUAAUCCAGCCAACUUUCUUUGAAUUUUGAUAUGUAUAUAUGUUUUUAUGUUAAAGAACAGGAGGAGAGGCGUGUGAAUAGUUUGCUUGAAGUAUCCAAUCAUCUCAGGUUAUCUUAUCCCUACCCCAAGCUUUUUAAAAAUUCUAAUUGUCACCCUGGUGUACAUUUUCCUGGUUCCUAUUCAUUCGAGCUCUGAUUUCUGUAGGGUGACCUUUGUCCCUUGGCCUCAAGGUUCAAAAAACUGCAGCCCAAAUGGCAGUGCCUUUCCCUCCCAAACAUCAGACCCACCCAAGAGGCUUUUUCUCCAAAGUCCCUUUCUGAACACGACCUGAGCUGCUGGCAUAAAAGAUCCAUUCCCAGUUGGUCUCAGGACAAACGAUGAAUGAGGGGUCCUUUUUGUUUCUUCUCACCUCUUCUUUCUACCCAACCUCCCCCCAGUUCUGCCUGACCAGGUGCUUUUUCUAGGUCCAAAUGCAGGAAGGGAGGGUCUUGCUGAAAGCCCUUCUCUGGAGGGGAGUCCCUCCGACCCCCAGCCCAGGAACUCUGGACAGACUUGCUAGAUGCUAGGUAACCAAGUAUAGGCUUGCCUUGCCUCUUUUUUUCUUGGCAACUCUAAGCUCAUUCCCAGGAAUCUCCAAGACCUCUGGGGUCUCCAGUCAUGUCUACUCUGUCAUUUUUUUUGGAAAUCCUCCACACCAGCCUCCUCCACCUCUUAAGCCCAAGGCUCCAGCAGUCAUCCCAGAGAUAGCCGGCCCACCGCCGUGUCUGGAGUUGCCAUAAACUUUGUGCCAACCUUGCCCGGGAGAUGCCCAUGUGUGAGAGAGUUGCUUGGGCAGUUCACAGGGCAGCCUGUGAUUGCUGAGGGGCACUGGGGCUGAGCUUCUUAAUGGAUCUUUGCUCAGCAAUGGACUUCCCAAGAGGUGAAAGUCUCUCCUAAUAAAUCCGUUCUUUGCAAAUGGUGUCAAAACCUGCUUCCCUUCUCCCUGGCCACCCCUCCUUCAGUCUCUAUUUGUCUCCUCAGAUCUUCUUCCUCCCUUAUCUCCCUUUACCACCUGUUCCCUCUCUUGGGUAUGGCAGGAUGGAGACCAAUCCCGUCUCUGCAGGUUAAGACGAACACCCGGGCCCGAGAGGGGUUGUGGUUCAGCACCAUGGACAGUGACCGAGGUGGGGGUGAGAGGCCCUCCCUCCCUGAGUCCUGUUGGCUGAGCUUCGGCUACUGGAUGGGCGGUUGUUGGAGCCCGUCACCCGGGCAACCUUGUGCAUCUGGAAACCUCAUGCAUGUGUGUCUGGAGAUUUGGUCCUGCUUGAUCAUAGUUUGUAUUCUCUUCAUUCCCUGAGUUUGCAGUCAGUCCGUUCUCUCUGGCCAUUUGGGGAUUUAAUCCUUUCAGGAACUGCUUCAGUUGAUUUUUCUUUCUUACUCUUUAAAGAUCCAGUUCAUGUUUUAUUUCAAUUUUGCUGUAGUGUCCAGGUCAGUAGGUCCUCCUUAAAAGACACUCCUAGUGUGCUUUGACCCUGAUGUCUUUUCUCAGCUGCUGUCUUUCUUUGCCUUUCUCGAGGUGGGAAGGCCCCUUGGUACCAUCUUAGGCUGCAGGAAGCGACUUGCUCUGUUCAGUCAGUAUAGCGCUACUCACCAUGCAGAACUCUCAGUUUUGAAUUAGUCACGUUUCAUCCCAUGCAUACCCAACAGGAAAGCAAAACACUUGAAAACAAGAUUGACCUGGAGGUCUUCUACCUAACCUCCCACACCUGGAUUGGUAGUAAAAAUCCAUGGAAUUCCUUGGUGAUGAGGACAUACAGAGUCCACCCCUUGAAACUGACUACAGCAGCCUCAUCCCCUCACCGUUGAGCAGACAGUCACAGUGGGUCAGGAGCAGCCUACUCAGGGCAGGCUCCCGUGACCCCUGGCUCCCGCUAUGAUCAGUACAAUGAAGUUUGCAGCAACUGAUGCUUAAAGCCUUUGCAGAUAGCCAGGCAAAUGGGUUAUUUAUUUCUCCUCUUUCUAAACCAGGUGAGCUCUUGGGGGCUAAGCAAGGGGUUGUAUGCUAGUUUCUUGAGUUUGCCUGGAGCCACCUUUGGAAAUCUGUCUCCUUUUAAACUAACUUAAUAUGCCUUAAUCAUUUGUAUGCAAUCAGGUCACCCGCCCUCAUCCAGCCCUCCUCCUCUGGGCCUUUGGCUUUCUUUAAAUGAGAGUUUUAUACGGAAUGCAUCAAAAAUAAGAUGGAUAGAUAGGUGAUUUUUUAAAGUAUCCUCUCUCUCACUCUCUCUCUCCCCCUCCAUCCCCCCACACCCCCUUUGCACAUCAGCAUUUUGAGAGCUGGUCUUUUGAUAAGUCCAUAUCUUUCUCCCCUCCAGUAGAUCCCCUUCUUCAUGGUCUCUUGCCUAAUGUAACAGAAGCCUUUGGCCUGUAAAAUUCCAUGGCGAGGCCUCAAAAAGCAGUGUUGUGGAGAAUCUCUCAGUACCACCAGAGAAACUCCAGUGGAAGAGAAGCCUCACUAAACUCCAGUGGAGUUUAGGAUGUUGGGGGCUUUGAGUGAUGCUGGCCUGACGGCCUCAUGUUGUCGGGAUUCGGGGAAAGGACAAUCAGAUGGGGAGGUUUUGCAGGGGACAAGCAAAGUCACGUGCUUUCAGACGAAUGUGUUUUCCCUUGUGCUUCCCAGGAAGAAGUGAGGCCACCUCUAGGUAUCGGAAUAGAGAUGAGCCUGAGGUCUUCAACCUUAGAGGCUGUGCAGGGGAUUUGGAAAAACCUUAGGCAUGAUUUCCCUGAAGGAGACCUCAGCUGCUCCCACCUGGCGCUGACAGCUGCCUUGUCCAUUUACAUUUUUCAUCACGAUACCCCCAGACUGCCCCAGGAGCUAGGCGUCAUUACAAAGCUAAAAACCCACAGAUGUGUCAUUGGAUCACCUCCAAAACAAAAUGCUUGCUUAAAGGUGACGUGGGCCUGCAUGGAAGACAGUGUCCCACCCAAGGAGAGGACUCUCAAGCCAGCCGCUCCCUCUCUCCUCCUCCAUCCCUGUGGUCCCUCCCACACAGCCCUGUCCCUUAAUACAGGAAGCUAGAUGAUGGUUGUCUUUGUGUAAACUAGCAUUUCAGGGUGAGGUCUGCAGGGAGGUGGGAGAAAAGCUCUAUCCACCGGGAAUUGCGCCCCCUCCAAUUUAUGCCGUGGCGAGUCACUACAGUAAUGGAGAAUCCUUCUAUAGCCUCCGACUGUGCCUUUCCUCCUCCAACAUGUGAUAAAAUAGGAAAGCAAAAAAAAGAGCCCCAUGGCAUCGUGAUUCCAUGGGGUAGGAGGGAGCCACUUAAGGGAGAGCGGACCUGCCCCACAUCUGGAAGGGGGUCCACCUUGGGCCCCACCCCCUUAGGGAGUGAUGGAUCUGAGCCCUGUGCUGAGAAGCUGCCAGGAGUUACCCUGUUGGAAUUCUCGGCAAGUUGAGGGUCUGGAAACAUAGAACCGCAUAGAAAACCAGUAGGCAUGAAUGUGCUGGGUCUUGGUCUGUAUCUCCUUUGGCCCCCAUCAUCCCUCUAGAGAUUUCUUUUGUCUAGGUUGGUUCCUGCAGGGAGGGGGCCAGAAAGCCAGGUUCCUGGAAAGUCAGCCUGAGAUUUCCAGCAAGGUAACCUCUCAGCCGCUCCCUGUUGCCCUCCCAGAAUCUCCUUAAACAGUCACCCUCACAGCUGGCACCACACCAUCUCCUCCCAUGAAUCAGCCUGGCACUGUUUUAACAAUCUCCGGUGGCGUCACGCCUGCUAAAAAAAAAAAAAACGUGAUGCCGUUGUCUAAAGAAUGAUCUCAUUCCACAUAGCCUUAUAGAUCCUGUAAAUACGGGGCUCAUAAAAGUCAUCUGUUGUGUUACUGAAGAUAUUUUGUACUGUGUCGUUUCCUAAACCAUACCAACAUCCUACAAGUCCUGCACUUCCCAGACGAUUAUGAUCCUCAAAAUGCUUUGUAAGAUGGAGGGGGGAGUGGAAAUAUAUAUACGUACGCUAUGUAUUUUCCUAACCUUUCUUCUGGGUCCCUUCCUCCGAUAUUUGAGUCACGAUCGAAAAGGAACUCGAGUCCUGUGUGCAGGAAAGUUGAAGCGUCCGGCCAGUUGGUGUCCUUGCAGUUGCCUUAUGAAUUCACAGGCUCCAGGAGUUCUGAACAGAAGGUGGUCGACCGGCACUUUAUCCAGUCCCAGAAAUGAUCUCUAAUCGUGUGACUGAGAAUUCAUCUAGAAAAACCUAUAUUUUUAACAUCAAAACAAACGGGGCUUCCCGGACCUCACAGAGUAUUGGAUGUCUACCAGUGCUUUUCUAUUUUGUAACUGUAAAGAGGUUUCAUACGCACAGCAGAGCAGUUGGGAAUCUGGUCGACUGCCCUAAAACAAAAAUGACCUUUGCAUGUACAAAGACGUUGCAUUCAGACUCUGAAAACAGCAAAUAAAGCUUUGACGCGAGCUGCACUGGA